AUGGUUCCGUUCGCCAACUUCUCAAUGCCACUGGAAUACCCCGGCCAAUCGCACCGUGACUCGCAUCUGUGGACACGGACGAACGGCUCGCUUUUCGACGUCUCACACAUGGUGCAACAUAAGCUGUCAGGCGAAUUAGCCGAGGAAUUCUUGAUGACCAUCACCCCGAGCGCGAUCAACGAGAUUGAGAAACACCACUCGACGCUAUCUUGCCUGCUGAACAAGAACGGCGGCAUUGUCGACGACACCGUCAUCACCCGUAUCGGCAAGGACAGUUUCUAUUUCGUCACCAACGCAGGUUGUCGCGAGGGGGACCUGGCCUUUAUCCAGGCCGAGAUGUCUGAAUUCUUGGAAUCAAAGUCCGCUCCCAAGGACAAAAUCAACUGGCACAUCUUGGACCACCACGCUUUAGUGGCUUUGCAAGGGCCGGCGUCGGCACCGCUGCUCCAGUCUCUGGUCUUCAACGACACUGAGGACGAGAGCUACGACUCCUCGCUUGACACUCUCUACUUCGGCACCAGUCGAUGGCUGCAGUUGACACUGCCAGAGUCCGGCAUGAACACGCCAUCCCUCCUCAUCAGCCGCACAGGCUACACAGGCGAAGACGGGUUCGAGAUCUCGAUUCCGCCUGAAAAUGGCGAUGCCACGGAAUUGGCAACUUCGAUUGCAAAGGCGCUCACGGCCGAUGGCUCUAAGGUUCGUUGGGCAGGCCUAGGUGCCCGGGAUUCGCUUCGCUUGGAAGCUGGCAUGUGCCUUUACGGGCAUGAUCUCAAUGAUACAAUCACCCCGCCUGUGGCCGCUCUGGGCUGGCUGGUGGGUAAGUCUCGAAGGGUCGAAAACCCCACGCCACCGUUCAAUGGGCACGAAAUCAUCAAUAAGCAGUUGGCCUCUCCUAAGACCAUGCCGGAGCGCCGUGUCGGGUUUCUUGUUGAAAAGGGUCCGGCCGCACGUGAGGGAGCAGAGAUCGUUGAUCUAGAAAACGAAGAUCAUGUCAUUGGGCAUGUCACCUCUGGAUGUCCCAGUCCCAGUUUGGGUGGGCAGAACAUUGCCAUGGGUUACAUCAAGAAUGGUUUCCAUAAGAAGGGGACAAAAGUAGGAAUCAAAGUUCGAAAGAAUGUCAGAAAGGCCGAGGUGGCCAAGAUGCCGUUUGUGGAGUCAAAGUUCUAUCGGCCAUAA